UUUCAAUCAGACUCAACUGAGAGCGGAAAAUGCUCUGGAUUUUUCCACACUUAUACGCUAAUUUCCUGCGCCUCCAGUGCGAAAAUCAAGACGGGAAACAAGAACAAUUGCAGGUGCUAAUAACGGCGGGCAAAAAAACAUUGCCAAUUCUAUAAAAUGUGGGAAUUAGCCAAGUUGAACCACACUUAACAACCAGCAGCUCAGCAAAGAACAAGUCGAUUUCAUAUCACUACUUAAAAUCUAAUAAACUUACCAUCAAAAUGCGUUGCAACAAGAUUAUCUUCCAAUUUAUUGCCUGUUUUGCGGUUAUUGAGCUCGUGCUCGGUUAUCCCCAAGAUCGCUUCACAUCAGCGGAACAGAUUCAACAACUAAGUGAUGCCAGUGAAGGGGCUCCGGAGAUCUCUUCAAGCAGUGAAACUCUUAGAAAUCUAUACAGAUACGAGCGCACACUGAGCAGAUUACGAAGAGCUCUGGAGGAGCUGGCCUAUGAGGAGGCGGCCGAUGACAUGGAGCUGGCCGAGAUCAAUGUUUUCCGGCCACUAUUCCGUUACCGAUCUCAGGUGGUGAAGGUGAAGAAUCCGCAGCAGCAGUUUGGCUAACUAAACGCUUUAGUCUUAAGAUUAUCGCCUCAUCUAUUGAAAUUAAGUCAUAUGCCAUUGAUAUCUUUUAUACAAACCUAGCCUGUUAAGAAGUAAUAUAGAGCUAAUUUAUAUUGUUAAACAUUUAAA